CUCUCAUGCCACUCUCCUCACCAUGUCUCCGCUUUCCCUCCUUUCCCUUUCCUUCCUCCUCCUCCUCCCCUUCUUUCUCCCCGUUUCCUCCUCUCAACCUCCCAAGGGUGUUUUGAUUGAUUGCGGUGCGACUGUUGGUUCUGUGAUUGGCGGCCGAGAAUGGCUUCCCGAUGGUGAUUAUGUCUCCGCUGGAGUUGGGAAGAACUUAACGAUUCCCGUCUUGGUACGUACUCUGUCCACCGUCCGAACUUUCCCUUUUCGGAAUAACGUCGGGCGAAAGUUCUGCUACGAUGUGCCGGUUUACCGCCAGGCGAGGUACAUGGUGAGGACCACUUACUUUUAUGGCGGGGUCAACGGCAGGAGUUCGCCGCCGGUGUUUGAUCAGAUUGUGGACGGAACGCUGUGGGGCGUGGUGAAUACGACGGAGGAUUAUAGGAAAGGCAACGCUUCUUACUAUGAAGGGGUUUUCAAACCUAAAGGGAAGUCCAUGAGCGUGUGUCUUGGGGUGAAUUCGCAUACGGAUUCAGAUCCAUUUAUUUCUGCCCUGGAGUUCGUGAUUUUGGGGGACUCAUUGUACAAUACCACCAAAUUUGAUGUUAAUGGUUUGAGUUUGGUUGCCAGGCAUAGUUUUGGAUACAGCGGACCAACUAUUAGAUACCCUGAUGAUCCUUUUGAUCGGUUUUGGGAGCAGUAUGGAGAAAAUAAUUAUGUUAUAGUAAGCAAUAGCCCUCCUAAUGUUUCUCGUUUUUGGAAUUGGCCCCCUUCAAAAGUGUUCGAAGCAGCACUUUCAACUGACCAACCACAAUCCUUGGAGUUGAGAUGGCCUCCGGUGUCCCUACAAAAUGCCUCAUACUACAUUGCUCUAUAUUUUGCUGAUACUGAAUCACGUCCAACCUCGACAAUGCUUGGCAUAAACAUAAAUAAUGUAACAUACUACCGCAAUUUGAAUGUGACACCUGCAGGAGCUGCUGUGUUUGCAACCAGUUGGCCUCUUAUUGGUAAUACAAAGAUAAUUUUGAGACCUACUUCCAAUUCAGAGAUUAGUCCUCUGAUCAAUGCAGGGGAGAUUUUUCAGGUUCUGGAACUUGGAGGAAGAACUCUAACCAAGGAUGUAAUAGCUUUAGAAGAAAUCAAAAAGAGUUUGCAAAACCCUCCCCUUGAUUGGAAUGGUGAUCCUUGCUUGCCCCGUCAGUACAGAUGGACUGGAGUUACAUGCUCUGAGGGCACCCGCAUCCGUGUCACUACGUUGAACCUGACUGGCCUGGGUCUUUUAGGAUCAGUAUCCCCGAAAAUUGGGAACUUAACUGCAUUAACUGGAAUUUGGCUGGGAAACAACAGAUUAUCAGGAAAAAUACCAGAUCUCAGUUCAUUAAAGAUGUUGGAGAUAUUGCAUUUGGAAGAUAAUAAACUUAGUGGAGAGAUCCCCUCAUCACUUGGAGAUAAUCAAAAGUUGCGUGAAAUGUAAGUCUUACUCUCAUAAGGAACUAUGCACCCUUUUACCUCUUUCAUAAUGCUUGCAGACCGCUUCUUUUAUGGCUGCAUCUAUUUCCCUUCUUUCUUUUUUUUUCCCCUUUUUGAUUGACACUUUUGACUGCUUAAUGUUUACCAUAUUACAGUCAAUAUUUUUGUUUGGCCAUGUAGUCACAGAAGCAACUACACCACGCAGAUGCUGAACAUUUUCAAUAUUAGUGUCUUGGUAUAGAAGCCAGAACAUUUGUCUGGUCUCUCUGCUAAUUUCUUCAACUAACCACCAAACUAUUUCUGAAAAACAAUGUCAGUGAUGCAACCAGCUAUUUAAACAUUUAAACAUUAUCUUUUCAAGCCAACUCAUCAUCUUUCACUACCAUAAUUCUGUCUUAGAGUUAUAAAAGCAAAGAAAUGAGAAGAUGUUUGAUUCAAUAAAAUACAUUCAUGUUACAUGUUGGGUGUCAUCUUUUUCCUCUGCAAAAAAUGUUGUUCAUGAUAGAAUAUUCUGACAUUUAUUUAUAUUCACUUCAGCAAUAUAGUUUUAUUGGAUAUCCAAUUUGAAAGUCUGAUUUGAUACCUUAUGCUUGACUUUCAUUCCUUCUGUCUUACAGAUUCUUACAAAACAACAAUCUGACUGGGCACAUACCUGACAGCCUCAUUGGGAGAAAAGAAUUGAACCUUACGACUUCCCCCGGAAAUCCCUUCUUGAGCAGAUAGGGAGAUGCAUCCAGAGGUAACUCAUGCAGCUGCCUAUCAACAAGUUGUGUCCAGAUUCUGUUGUGUCUAUAUGAAAUCCAUAACAAGUUCAAAAGAUUUUGAUUGGAAAAUUUUACUGAGUUUUGCUGUUAUCAUCUCUUCACCAUGGAAGUUGUAAUGCUUUCGGUUCUCUUGUUGUAUACUUGCAUAGACUGCACAUGGUUGUAUACUUACAUGGUUGUAUACUUACAUGUUUCUCCAUAUAUGGUCUGUAUGAUAUUGAAUUUACUUGAAUACCAAAUCAUGCUUGUAAAUCAAGUUACUCCCACAUUUAUUCUAAUAUUAUACGCAUCGUUUUCUCGAUUCUUC